AUUUUUGAUUGGCCGUGGCCGCCAACAGUCCUGGAGGAAACGGCUGUUCAAACAACGCCGUCUCUAGAGGAUUCCGUUCUUCAACCGCAGGUGGCCACUUCCAAUUCUAUACAAUCGGAAGUGGCCAUCUGCGUUGAUGACCAAAACGUGGCAAUUCAUCCUGUUGAGUGUUCGAAAUCGAACACUCAACAGGUUGCUUUGGAAAAUCUGGAGGCGGCCGGUUUCGACGUUAAGAUUCGUGCGCCAGUUCUAGAAGAAGUUGCAAUGACGAAGGUGCUGCCGCAAGUGCCACCUCUGCCCACUGAAAGGUCCUCCUCCCUUUUAGCUACGGCACAAGUGGAGACUGAGGGCAUAUAG